UAUUAGCCUCCCUCCCUCUCCAUCCCUAUGGAACCCAGGAGUGCUGACUGGCAGACCUCCUUCCUCCUGCAUUAACUAGACCCCAUGCCCUUAUGGGACCCAGAUUUCCAAGGCCCACCCAACCCAAUCCACUGUGCCCCACUGUCCACUCUAUGGAACCCAGCCUUCUUGCUUCUCCCAAAAGCACAGGAUCCAGAAGUCAGGCCGCUCUGUCCCAUGUGUGACCCACUGCCUACAUUGCCACGCCAAGCCUCUUAAGGGGAGUUGGUUUCACUCCGUCCUCUCAUUCGAUUCCCUGGCAGGAAGGGAGGAGAAUUUAUCCGUGUGCACAGAUGUCGAAAGGGUGGGCAGGGCCGGUGAGGAGAACAGAAAUUUACAGACUGUCCCUGGAGAAGUGUGCAGAUCUGUAUAAGUUUCUAUACUACAUCACAGCAGAUACUUGAGCCCUUCUAUAAAAAGAGACAGACACAGCCCAGGUGUGACAGGACAGAACAGAACAAGAGAUGGGUGCAGCUUUUCCACUCUGCAGAAUCAGCCACUGACUUCAUCCCAGCCACACUUCACUCAAAGGAGCGUUUGGCCCGUCUCCGAUAAAUCCCCCACUUGAGAUCUGGUUGCAUCAGAGAUCCCAGUGUUGAUCCACUGCUUCUCCAUCACCAUGGAGGCUUCUCUUGCCAUCUGCAUCCUCACUGCUCUCCUGGCUACAGGGUCCUGUCUGCAGUGUGAGGUUUGUGCUGGAGCAGGAAACAACUGCAUGGGCAGCAUGCAGACCUGCGCCGCUGGGCAUGACUCUUGUGCCUUCGUUCUUACCGAUGUCACAAGCACGGGAGUGAAGACACAGAGCUUUCUGAAGGGCUGUAUGGCAUCCAGCGAAUGUAAAGUCGGCCCCAUCUCUAUAAAUUUUGGGUAUGGAAUGACGACAAGGACGAGCGUCGCCUGCUGCGUGGGAGAUGCCUGCAGAACAACCACAGUUCCAGUGCCCCCGGCUGACCCCAAACCCAACGGCCGGCGCUGCCGUGGCUGCUACGUGUUGAACGCUGAUCACUGCAAUGAGCAAACCAUAGAGUGCACUGGACCUGAGACGCAGUGUAUCGAUGCUGCUGGGACCGUAACGGCGGGUGGAAGUCAAAUGCAGAUGGUCAUGAAGGGCUGCGCUUCCGAGUCCGUCUGCGCCAAUAUAAAGGCGGGUUCGUCAACCUUCGCAGGGACCAAUGCAGAUCUAACCACGGCCAAAUGCACAGUGGCCUCCGGUGUAGUGGGCGUGGCUCCGGGGCCAGCUGGGAUCCUCCUCCCGGCCCUCGCUGGGCUCUUCCUGCUGAAGCUUCUCUCCUGAUUCCCCACCCGGUGCAACAGCGACGCUGCACUGAAAGCCACCCUGCAGCCGGUGUUAGCUGCUCUCCCCCCCUCACAGGCUUUCGGCUCCCGGACAGAGCCACAUCCCCUUGGUGUUUUUGCACUGAAUAAAACACACUG